AUCUACAACUCUCUGCAUACAACAAUUUAAAGAUAAUAGUCUUUCCAAAUGGAGUCUGGAAUUGUCAAACCGCACAUCGAUGUUGAAAAACUGGAACGCUUUAAUGGGCUGAAUUACAAGUGGUGGAGCAUGGAGAUUUAUUAUCAAAUCAUUGUUUUGAAAGUGGCAUAUGUCUUGCAUAAUCCAUAUCCACAAGACUGCACCGGCAUUGUAAAUGGAGAAUCGACCGAGCAGCAACACAAAUGGCUUGAAGAUGAUUAUGUUUGCCAUCUAACCAUUUUGCAGGCCAUGACAAAUUCUCUCUUUAAUGCUUUUCACAAACACUCCACUGCUCUUGAGUUAUGGCAUGCAGUAGAACAAAGGUAUGUGAAAGAGGAUGCAGGCAACAAAUCUUUCCUUGUCAACAAAUAUAUUGAUUUUAAGAUGAGUGAUUCCAAGCUUAUCAUUGAUCAAGUCAAUGAAUUAAAUGAUAUUGCAACGGAAUGUGCUGAUGCCGAUGAACCAAUUUUUGAGACCUUUCAAGUGUCAACCAUAAUUGGUAAAUUACCACCUUCGUGGAAGGAUUAUAAAAAAUUCCUUAAACACAAUAAAAGGUCUUUGAAAGGGGAUGAAUUGAUGAAGCACAUCCAAAUUGAAUAUGAGGCUCAGAAAAGGGAUGGUCAAGAAAAGAGUGAUAAUGUGAAUGCUUUGGAGGGGCCAGCAUCUUUUUCCAAGAAACCCAAUCACAAGUUCAAGAAAGGACAAAAAAGGUCUUCUUCAAUGAAAGGCAAAAAUGGCAAGAACUUGGCAACUUUCAACAAGAAGAAAGGACCAUGCUUUGUAUGUGGAAAAUUGGGGCAUGUUGCUAUGCAAUGCUACCAUCAUAAAGGUAAGAAAAUUUGUGAAACAAAUAUCAUCACAGAGGAUGAUAUGGUGGCUAUGCACACUGAAUUACUUGUUAUAAACAAUGAAGAGGAUUGGUGGCUUGACUCAGGAGCAACAUGUCAUGUGACUCCAUUUAAAAGUUCUUUCAAGACAUAUGAAGAAAUGAAUGGAGAAAAAUUUAUCUUCAUGGGAAAUUCUUCCACAUGUGCAGUUGUUGGUAAAGGGACAGUGAAACUUUCUUUGACUUCUAGAAAAGUUCUCACUUUGCAAGAUGUGUAUCAUAUUCUAGGUCUUAGCAAAAGUUUAAUUUCUAUCAAAAAACUUGAUGAUCAUGGGUUUAAAGUUGUAUUUGAUUCCCAAAAAGUGAUCAUUUCCAAGAAAGGAUCCUUUGUUGGGAAAGGCUAUGCCACAGACAAUAUUCACAUGGGUGAUGACUUGCGUGAAAAUGCUUCCAACCAAAAAGGUGAAAGCAAUUCUAGUCACAUGGGUCAUGUCCCCAACCAAGAAUAUGAGAAUAAAAAGGAGGAGGAACCGGAAUUAAGAAGUAAAAGACAAAGAAUUGACAAGGAUCUUGGUCCUGGUAUGUUUACAUACUCUUUGAAAGAGGACCUAAGAAAUUUUAAUGAAGCCAUGGCCUUACCAGAUGCUUCUUUAUGGAAAAAAGCCAUGGAUGAUGAGAUAAAGUCUAUUCAUGAUAAUAAUGCAUGGAUUUUGGUUGAUCUUCCUCCUAAUACUAAACCUAUUGGCUGCAAGUGGGUUUUGAGAAAGAAAUUAAAAAGAGAUGGAAGUAUUGAUAAAUAUAAAGCAAGAUUAGUAGCCAAAGGUUUUAGUCAAAAAGAAGGGUUGGAUUAUUUUGAGAUAUUUUCUCCAGUGACUAGAUUUACUUUUAUUAGCAUUAUGUUUGCCAUUGCAUCCAUUUAUAAUCUUGAGGUACAUCAAAUGGAUGUGAAGACAGCAUUUUUGAAUGGAGAACUCAUCUUAUGAAUUAUUAAAUGGUAGGAAACCAAAUAUUGAUUAUUUUAAAAUUUGGGGUUGCAUUGCAUAUGUUUUGGAUUCAACCAUGAAGAGGCCUGAAAUUGGUAGUAAGGCUAUAAAAUCAAUUUUUAUUG